AUGCGAUAUCUUGGUGCUCCAGGUGUUGAAGUGAAGGUUGGCCAACCCCCGAAGGUCGAACUUGAUGUGGGCAGAGUUAUACAUAUUUCCCAGGCUGCAUUGGGUGAGGGAAAGAAAGAGAAGGGAAGUGAGCUUAUCCCCCUUUGUGUGAGGAUUAUUGGUGAUAAUUUCAUUGUGGGAUCACUUUCUGCAAAGAAUGUACCUCAAGUUUCUUUUGAUUUGGUGUUUGAGAAAGCAUUUGAACUUUGCCACAACUGGAAGAAUGGGAGUGUCUAUUUCUAUGGAUACUCAACGGACAACCCUUUUGUAUAUCCUUCUAAUUGUUUCAAUAUAGAUUCAGAAGAUGAGGAUGAAGAUGAAGAUGUCCCUUUGGCCAUACCUGAGAAUGCUGAGGAAGCAAAGCCAGCAGCAAAUAAGGCUAAAGCUUCUAAACCUGAAUCUUCUGCUAAGCCGAAGGUCACCGUAGAGCCAAAGAAAGAUGAGUCCAACGAAGAUGAUGAAACGGAAGAGGAUGAGGAUGAGGAUGAAUCCGAUGAUGAG